AUGCUUUGGGGUAUCAACGGAUAUGAUAACAAUUCGGCACUACGUGCCUCAUACUCGGGUGAUAUUCGAAUAAAUUAUGUAAAGCUAAUGACUGCUAACAAUUCGGCACUACGUGCCUCAUUAUCGGAUGCUUUG